AUGUUCAAAGUACUAAAACCUAGGUCAAUACCGUUAAAAACUAUCAGGACGUAUCAUUCAACUAGUCACAUAGGUACAAAUAAAAUAAUAAAUGAAAAUUUAAUAGAAUCAAAAAUAUUAAAUAAAGCAGUUGAAUAUAUUCCAAAAUAUGGAUUUAAUUCAACAGAACCAAUAACAAAAGCCAUUAGAGAUUUGAGUUAUUCAGAUUCCAUUAUUUCAUUAUUUUCUUCAAAUCCUUCGGGAAAUUCAUUACCUUUCCAAUUAACCUUGUAUUGGUUGAAUCUUAAAAGAUUAGAAUUAGAAAAUUUCGCUCAAUCUACAACAACCACUUCAUCAAAUGAAAUUCAAAAUUUACAAAAUUUAAUAAUAGAAAGAUUAAUGUAUAAUAAACCAGUAAUAAAUAAAUUACAAGAAGCUAUGAGUUUAUUGAUUUUACCAUAUAAUAUUCCUCAAUCAUUAGAAGAAAUUAUGAAAUUAUCUGAUGAUUUAACUUUUUACGCAGGUGAUAAAUCAAAUGAUUUUAAUUGGUACCUGAAAAGAUUUAGUGUUGGUGCCAUAUAUUUGAAAAGUGAAUUAUUUAUGCUCAAUGAUACUAGUUUGGAUUUUACGAUGACAAAACAAUUUGUUGUUGAAAAAUGUGAAGAAUUUGAAAUGUUGGGUAAUGGAAUAAUUAAUAUUGAACAAUGGGUUGAAUUCAAUGCUAUUAGUUUAGUAAAUUUGAUAAAAUCUCAAUUAAUUAGGGGAUAA